UAUAACGAAAUCAAAUACUCUCAAUACAGCGGCGUCUUUAAGUUGUCUCUUUAUCUCUCAUUAUUACAUCACUCUCCCUCGCCUCGCAAACCCUUCUAAUGGCUUUCUUGAAGAACGAUAAUCAAACUUCAUUUGGAUCUAAGAGGCCCCGAAAUAAUGUUAUACGAAAAGAUGGAGACUGGCUUUGCACUACCUGUGGGAAUUUAAAUUUUGCUUUUCGAAUUGCUUGCAAUAGAAAAUGUUGUGGUGCUCCAAAACCAUCUGGACCUCCAACCCCAAAACCAUCUGGACCUCCAACCCCAAAAUCAUCUGGAUCUCCAACAGUGAAGUCAUUUGUAGCUCCGAUAAGGAUUUUGGCUACUGAAACUGUGAGUCCAUAUAAUGGAGGUGUCGCGACUCCUCCACCACCACCACAUGGUAUACCAAUCAACUUUGGAUCAAUACCUUCCUUUAUCUCAUAUGGAAGCAAUGGAACUAUGGCACCAAGAAGCUUUGGACCAAAAACCUCUGUUCAAGCUGGAAGCUCUAUUCCCUCUGGAAGCUUUGGAGCAAAACCCUUUAUCCCAUCUGAAAGUUUUGGAGGACUAACAAUAAAGGAUUCUGAAAUUCAUAAUGAUUCUGAAUUUUCCAAAAAUUCUGAAUCUCAUCAGAGUUCUAAAUUUCGCAAUAAUUCUAAAUCUCACAAGGAUUCUGAAUUUUCUAAGGAUUCUGGAUCUCACAAACUCCGUAUUAAAGGGCCGAAAGUUAUAUUGGAAGGUGAUUGGGUCUGCCCUCAAUGUGAAAAUGUCAACUUUGCAUUUAGAACUAAAUGCAAUAUAAAGAAUUGUCGAGUUCCUAAGCCUGAGUCCUAUGUCACUCCCAGUUUUUCCUGAAGGUAGCUGGAGCUGCAAGAAGUGUGGAAAUAUGGAUUAUCCAUAUCGAAACACAUGCAUGUGAAAGGUUGUAGAGUUGAGAGAACAGCUUCUGACAACUAAGGAAUUGUCGUUUGAAUGGAUACAAUAAAAAUGGAACAUAUCGGAAUUUUCGUUUGUUCCAAUUGGAAUAACAUUUUGUUCACAAAUAAAAUAAAAUAAAAAGUGAAUGUGUUCUUACAUGUGAAGUGGUGAAUUGGUUCUAAAAUGGAGUCAUAAAAGGCUCUAAAUUUGCCUAAUUUUGAAAACUUAUGAAUUUUUUUUUUAAUUAGUUAUACUAUGUGUGUCCUUCACUAAGUUCAUUGAUUU